AUGUCCAGAUUUUUUAGGAGGAGAAAACUCAAAGCAGGAACAUUAGUGCUUGCACUUUUAAUUGUUCUUUAUCUCUGUAAAGACUUUGACCACAAAGCCAUUCAACUCCAAGAAAAUGGGGAGUACGAUGGCAGUCAAAGAAAGGCAUCCACCAUAAACACAUCCCCGCCAAGAUGUGAAAAAAAUGUUUCUGCUGACAAAAUCCCAGGCUUCAGCUUUCUUCCUGAUAGGAUUAAAGACUUUCUCUACUAUCAUCACUGUCGCCAUUUCCCAAUGCUACUGGACAUCCCUGACAAAUGUGGACGAGCUGAUGAAUCUGCAGACAUCUUUCUUCUGCUGGUCAUUAAAAGCCCCCCUUUAAAUUACGACCGCCGAGAGGUGCUGCGUAAAACCUGGGCUCAAGACCGGUUACACAAUGGUGUGUGGAUCAAGAGGAUCUUCAUCUCAGGAACGUCGAGUACUGGUUUGGGGAAAACGAAGCUGAAUAAACUCCUCGCUCUGGAGCAAGAGGAGCACAAUGACAUUCUCCAAUGGGACUUUAACGAAUCAUUCUUAAACCUCACCUUGAAGCAGAUACUCUUCUUAGACUGGAUGGAAAGAAACUGUCAGAACGUUCGCUUCCUGCUAAAUGGCGAUGAUGACGUCUUUGUCAACACGAACAAUGCGGUUGAGUAUCUCCAAGGCCUCAAGAAUAAUGACGGAAGGAGGCACCUCUUUACUGGCCAUCUCAUCAGACGUGUGGGUCCAAUUAGAUCAUCAAAGAGCAAGUAUUAUGUUCCAUUGGAGGUAUACAAGUCAAACUUAUAUCCCCCUUACUGUGGCGGUGGGGGCUUCAUCAUGUCUUUCUACACAGCUUUGGUCAUACACAGGAUGUCCCAGUCGAUUCCUAUGAUUCCCAUUGAUGAUGUUUACAUGGGCAUGUGUCUGGCCAAAGCAAAACUAGCACCUGUUUCUCAUAUGGGUGUGAAGACGGCAGGAUGGCACAUUCCCUCCAGAAAACUAGAUCAAUUUGACCCUUGCUAUGUAAAAGAACUGCUUCUGUUACACGGAUUCCGACCAAAUGACAUGUAUGUCAUGUGGGAGACAAUACAGGAGCCCAAUCUGAUAUGUUGA